UUUGUGUCCUGCUCCUUUAAAUUUUGACGACCAAUCAGGAAGCUCGGCUGUCUCAUAGCACAUCCUUUUCCGUCUCAAGCAGCACACUAAAAGCACAGGCGCUGUAUGCUCAUCUCCAGGACAACAAAACACCCAGACAGAAAAUAAAAAAAAUUGCGGCAGUACACCAUGGCUCAGGACGGAGUGAUACUACAGUUCAACUUUCCCACUUUCGGGGACUCCAUGCUUCAAAAGAUGGAUGCUCUUCGUCGAGACAGACGUUUCUGUGAUGUGGUGAUCCGCAUCAAUGAAUUGGAAGUACCUGGACACAAAGUGGUAUUUGCCGCUGGCUCCCCUUUCCUUAGAGACCAAUUUGUACUUCAAGACUCACAUGAAGUACAAAUAUCUACACAACAGGAUGCAGAGGUUGGACAGAGGCUUCUUUUGUCUUGUUACACUGGGACCCUUGAGUUCCCAGAGCUAGAAUUAGUACACUAUUUAACAGUUGCUAGCUUCCUACAGAUGGGUCAUAUAGUAGAGCAGUGCACUGAAGCUCUAAAUAAAUUCAUAAAACCACACGAGGUCAAAGACGAGCGUGCAUCAUCUCGACAGCGCUCGGACUACAACGCACAGCGUGGGCCACCAGCUGUGGAGACGGUAUGUGAUGAAGAGGAUGAGGUGGACAAUGAUGGAGAAGAUGACUUCAAUGAAGAUGACGACGACGAUGAUGAUGUGAUCAUACAGCCCAAGUCUCCGCCUGUGUUUAGAAACUCUCAGAGCAACAAUAGAGAAGAGGACAGUCCCAUUAGCAUUGUUAAGGUUGAAUCAAUAGAAGAGCGGAUGCCUGAUAACUUCCAGACUCGCUCAAGUCGCUCUCCAACACUGCGCUCCCCUGAGCCACAACACUCCCUGAUAAACUCCACAGUGGAAACCCGGUCCACCGAGCUCACCGUUAACCCUGCGGCUGAAUAUUCGAUCUCCCCACCUGGAACCAGUGGCUCUGGGAAGGGGAAUCUUUGGGGAUGCUCAAGGAAUGCUGAUAAAGGAAUGCAGUGGUACCACCAGUGCCCAAAAUGUGCUCGCGUGUUCCGUCAACUUGAGAACUACGCCAACCAUCUGAAGAUGCACAAGCUGUUUAUGUGCCUCUUGUGCGGAAAGACGUUUACACAGAAAGGAAACCUGCACCGGCAUAUGCGGGUCCAUGCCGGCAUCAAACCCUUCCAAUGUAAGAUAUGUGGAAAGACUUUUACCCAGAAGUGUUCGCUGCUAGACCACCUGAACCUUCACAGUGGGGACAAACCACACCGUUGUAAUUACUGUGACAUGGUGUUUGCACAUAAACCAGUUCUCCGUAAACACCUGAAGCAGAUCCAUGGAAAAAACAGUUUUGACAAUGCUAACGAAGGCAGUUUGCUUGAAGGAUUAUAAACUCAUAUUAAUAUAAGUUACACUGACAUAACUUUGUCUUGCAGACACAAUUCUGUACAUCAGUGGUUCUCAAAAAGGGGGCAGGGGUCCAUUAGGGGGUCUUGGCAAACUUCCAGGAGGGACCCAGUAAGUCUUAAAUGCCCGGUUUCACAGGCAAGGGUGUGUUCGCUCUUGGCAUGUUUGGUUAGAUUAAAACAAAAUCUGGUGCUACUGCUCUGUUAGUGUGGUUCAUUUUAAUAAGUAAGAACGCUGCCAUCCAAACCCUGGUGCACACCAAACAAGCGGCCCGAGACCACUGAAAAGAUGGGUCUUGGUCCACUUCCAAAUGAACUCUGCUGCGUUUCAAAUGAAAUAUGAAUGCAACACGGACCAAAGACUUGUAAACGAACCAAAACCAGGAUAUGAUGUCACAAGAUGCGACCCUAAACAGGACAGAAUGCUUUAUGAAGUCACGAUGUUGCCCAUCACAGUCUCCUUGCAGCAGAUCUUUGUUUGAGUGUGUGACGGAGGGAUUCCUGCCACUGCUUUGACUCCUUGACACAUUUUAUAAGCUCUUCAUGAGUUGUCAGCUCUAUAAUAUGUACGCACAUACAGCGCAUUUAACACUGUGACAGUGUGAACGCUAAGCGAACCAGGACUUUUUGGUCCAGACCAAAAGAACCGAGAGAGCUGAACUACAAGUGUGAACACACCCUAAAUGUAUGUUUGAGCUGUCUUAACUGAAAGCAAUUUGCAUUGACAUAUCUUAAAAUUUGUCAUUGUUU